AUGGGAAAGCGUAACAGAAAGUCAAAAAGGAAAGGAAAGAAUCGAAUGCUCCACGUGGAUAUAAACUCGGAUGAAUGGUAUGAAGCAGGAAAUUCAGGCUUCAGGUCUAAUGGGGUGUGUGACGCAAUCGGGUCUCAAAACAAUGAUUCUGGUCCCCUGUGCAAGCUUUGCUCAUCUACCUUCUCAUCACCAAAAGAGGGCUGGCCUGACGAUGGUGACGUGCACUGGAGCAAGAUUCACCCGCACCAGGCAACGCUGGCUGGACUUCUCCGAGCCAAGAAUGAAGGAUGCUACGUUUGCAGCAUACUUUACCAGGAGCUGAGGGUGUCAAACAGGCUGAAAGAAUACAGGUCGGUUUUCUACAGGAUUGAAGUGACGGAUUUCGAUGUUGAAAGCAUUCUGUACGGCCACUUUUCUACCGAUGAGAUACCAGAGGAGAGCGCAUCGUCAUCCAGAGCUUGGGAGGACAUUGUGAGGCUGGGAUUUUACAAGUGCGACAGAGGCUUUCCAGAGAGCCUCAUAUGCAACCAGCUGAGUGAGAGCACCAAGACAGAAGAAAGUCUCGUGGCUGCCUCGGAAUGGCUUCACGCAUGCAGACAGAAAGACGAAGAUCACUCCAUGUGCACCGUUCGCCGCAACCACAAUCCCACGCUACCUACAAGGCUGGUCUACUGCGGGAGCGACGUGGACCCGCCAAGAGUCUGUGAGAGCGCAACACUGCCGCCAUGCACCGAAUACCUUACCUUGAGCCAUUGCUGGGGAACGAAGCCCAUAUUUUCGCUGACCGUCGAGAAUGAGGAACGGCUUAAAGCAGAACUGCCCAAGGGAAAACUGACCAGGAGCUUUCUCGAUGCCAUCUUCGUCACUCGCGCUCUGAAAUUCGAAUACAUCUGGAUAGACUCGCUGUGCAUCAUCCAAGACUCUCACGAGGACUGGGCUGCCGAAUCAGUCACCAUGGGAAGCGUCUACGCAAACGCGGUGCUCAACAUCGCCGCUACCGGGGUAGCCAGUGGAGAGAAGGGGUUUUUUGCCACCAGAGAUGCAGCCAUAUUGCCUCCGCUCAAGCUUGGUCUGAAUCUUGGUCAGCCCUGGCCGGACUACGACAUCGUUUUGAAAGGAGAGUAUUGGCUGCACAAAAGGACGUUCGACGACGACGUUGACAAAGCCCCGCUGAACACCCGUGGCUGGGUACUGCAAGAGCGCAUACUCUCGCCAAGGAUUUUGCACUUUGGAAGUAACCAGAUAUACUGGGAGUGUCCGUCCUUGGUCGCGUGCGAGGUGUUUCCCCGUGGUUUCCCUACCGACGUAGAAUUCAUACGCAAGGGAAUCCGGUCUCCUGCCUUUGAAAAAUACGCCAGCCAAGCCAAGGGGGAGAUCUACGGGCAAUGGCGGGGCGCAGUCCAAUCCUACUCAAGCCGAGCCUUCACCAAGCGUCGCGACAGAUUUCGUGCGAUUUGGGGGAUUGCUUCCGAGAUGGGCGCUCUCCUCGAAGACGACUAUGUGGCCGGGUUGUGGAAAGGGGAUCUCUUGCGCGAGCUCCUUUGGAUCGUCCAUCAGGAAAACGAAUGGCCAAACCGAGUCAUCCGUCUGAGUCUUGAAUACGAGGCACCGACGUGGUCAUGGCUAUCGCUCAACGCAAGAUUGUCGUACACACACACUUCGCCUACUGGAGAUUACGAUGAGUUUCAUGCCGAACUCCUCGAUGUUCAGGUCACUUCGCUUGACACGACCGGCUACGGCCCUUUUUCUGAUGGACACAUUCUAGCAAAGGGACCGGUGAAAAAGGUGACAGCCGGCGGAUUUUCAGACGGUUAUGGGUGGUUUCUACUUGACCAGUCCGUCGCACUGGAAAUAAUGUCGGAUUUUGACUUCGAUGCUCCUUGGCGCCAUACGACUUCCCGUUGCAUCUUGACACAACUCCCUACCGAUGAGCUCGAGAUGAGUUUUGACUGGGGAUUCCUCCCGCGCCAUGCACUCUACCUUUUUCCCAUCAGGUCCGGAUUGGAUCAUCUCGAUGAGGUGGAACUCCAAGGCCUUCUUCUUGCUCCAACUUCUCGAGCACAUGGCGAAUACCACCGCAUUGGAGUGUUCACCGUGGGGUCCAAAUUGGACCAACAGCUGAUCUUGGGUCCUACAGAGAGUCUAGGUGAGCAUGAGUACGAGAAGGAUCAUGGUGGUGGACAGUAUUCCAUCAAGAUUGUUUAG